UAUUUGGGGGGGGGGGGGGGGACAACAAUAUUAGCAUUACCGAGCAGUGAUAAACACACACACGUUCGUCUUGCUGGGGUACUUGGUGACACGCUUAGAGACGAACAUAUUUUCGCUUUAGCGGCAAUUUGUUGCGCCCACAUGGUCAGUGUUUAGUGGAAUAAAUUUAAACAGGAGAGGUAAGCUUUUGUGCUAUACUUCAUAACCUUUCAAGUAGCCCAACAACCCAAUCGCUCUUCAGCCAGCCUCGCUCUUUCAGUGUUAGCGGUUGCUACUGGCAACGGUGGCUCGCGCGUUCGCAGUGCGGGCGAGCGGUGCAUUGUGGGAACGGCGGAGAACGACAUCCUGUGGGGAGCGAAGCGCUGCUCCGCCGCAGAGUGGGAACAGCGGACCGUCCGCGGCUCGUUCGGGGCGGAGGGGCGAUGGACGCGUCUGUGCUGAAGAAGACCCAGGACACCCUUGGCAAAGUGAUCAAAAAACCGCCUCUGACGGAGAAGUUGCUAAGCAAACCGCCGUUCCGGUACCUGCACGACAUCAUCACCGAGGUAAUUCGGACCACCGGCUUCAUGAAGGGCCUCUAUGGCGAGGCAGAACUGAAUUCGGAAAACGUCAAGGAUAAAGACACCAAGAUCGCCUUCCUUCAGAAAGCCAUCGACGUGGUAGCGAUGGUGAGCGGCGAGGCGCUGGUGGUGAGGCCCGUGCGAGUGGUGGCGGGCCACGAAGCAGAGCGAACCAACGAGUUCCUGCAGGCCGUCGGCAGGUGCUGUCUGAACAAGCUGUCCAGUGAAGACGCAGUAAAGAGAGUGCUGGGUGGGGACAAGCCGGACCCAAGAGGGAAAUUCACCAGCUCCAGAUCCAAAGACAAAGAGAACCACGAGGCCAGAGAGCGCCACAGGGAGAAGGAGCCAAGGAGGGACAUCAAGGAGCAAAGUUCCAGCAGGGACCGAAAGGAGUCGGACGUGGCAAAGGAAUCGGAGAGCAGAAGAUCGGAGAAGGACAAACCCCGUGAGGCAGAGAGGACAAAGGAUUCGGAAGGCAAGAGGCCAGAGAAUGAAAAGCCGCGGGAGACAGAGAGAAGGAAGGAGUCUGAGGGCAGGAGGCUGGAGAAGGAGAGACCGCGAGUGCCAGAGAGGAUGAAGGAACGGGAGCGCAGCAAGGACAAGAGUCGAGACAGGGAGCGAGACAAAGCCAAGGACAGAGGCAGAGAGCGGGAUGCACACAGGGAGAAGGACAGAGAAAGGGACCGCGAGAAGCGCAAGGAGAGGGAUCGAGAUCGAGAACGUCGCAAGGACACAGAGGACAGGCAGAAGGAAUCGGAAAGAGCUGAGAGAAAGGAUCGAGACCUAGCAGAGGAACCGAACAAGCAGCCCGCUGAGCAGCCUCUCAGAAACGGCACACAAGACAGCGAGCAGGAGAGUCCAGCCAGAAUACCACGACCGUCAUCGGCCAAGGGCCAGCGGCAGUGGCCCAAAGCGGGAGCGCCGGAUGAAUCGGACAGUGAUGGAGGGGCAGAGCCUCACUUGGAUAAGAACAACCCGCUGGAGAAUGGGGAUAUGGUGGACUCCCAGAGACCCCAGACUGCCGUGAGCCCCAACAGGAGGAUACCGCGCCCAAGCAGCGCUCGCCCAGCCCCUCCCCGCGUGAGGAGACAGGAGAGCAACGCGGAAGGAGUGUCAGCUGAGAGGCUGGGCAGUACAAAGCCCCCAUCGGCGGUGAUCAUAGAUGGGAGGAAGCUCUCCCAGGAUGAAGAGGAUGAUGAGCAGUUUGUGGUGGAGGAGGCUGCACCUCUCCCCUCUGACAUGCCUGAACUGGAGGCGGAGCCUGAUGCAGAAAUACAAGGGAACGAUAAACACGGUGGACUGGUCAAAAAAAUCCUUGAAACCAAGAGAGACUAUGAGACAUCGUCGUCAUCGCCAAAGUCAAAAGAGCAGGAGCGAAUCCCGCUGUCGCACGCUGCAUGGAAGAAAGAACGUGACCUAGUCUCCAGGGAGAUGGAACGCCUGCGAGCUUCUGUCCAGAUGGUGUGCCGCAGCGCCCUACCCCUGGGCAAGAUCAUAGACUACAUCCAGGAGGACGUGGACUCCAUGCAGGUUGAGCUGCAGGCGUGGCGCCACGAGAACUGGGAGCACGCUCAGUCCCUGCUCGAGGAGCAGAGAAUCACGGACAGCACAGUGGAGCCCCUCAAGACAGAGCUGGCCCAGCUGGAGCAGCUUAUCCGGGAGCAACAGGACAAGAUCUGCGCCGUCAAGUCCAACAUUCUCAGGAACAAGGACAAAAUCCACAAGAUCAUUUCUAGCAUCAGUCUCUCCACCCGCACCUGAAGAAGCUUCAGGCGCACUCGUGUCGAGAGGCCCGUCCCCGCUCGUCGUGUGAGGUAUCGCUUGGGAAUGAGAGCAAGGAGCCGCGCUGCUCUCAGAUCAGCGCUAGCUGGCUGCCAGACACACUGUCGCUCACCCUCCCACCCUCACCAUUUCCCAUCUAUGUGCCUUCCAGUCAAACUGCACUUUUGGGGUUUUAACAUGUCCUUGUGUCCCUUUCCCGUGACGUUGUCACCUCCGAUUCGGCAAGCUCCGAUCCUUGCUGCCACGCUAUUCCACGUGUACGCUGGCUCCUCGUGCAGGUGUGUUACGAAUUUGAGGAGAUGCACCCUUCCUGUUUGUUUAGUUGUCAUGUACCUUCUAAAAAUUCUCAUUUAAAGGAGCAAAGGCAACCUCUAAAUUUUCAGUCAGCCAAUAGAUGUCAGUAAGAUGCACCCAAGCGGAAGAGGAGUG